AUGGACUCACCAUGGAGCAAUGGCCAAGAACCUUACUUGACGUCACUGAAAAUAAAACCAACGGUCAUUCAGAUGAUGUCGAGCUUGCAGGGAAUAGGCCCCAAGAUGGUGAUAAACAUAGUUGUCCCUAUGCCAUCUCAUGGAUACAAGUUAGCAUCCUAUAUAACCUUUUUCACGACUCCUUCUUCAAAAACCGUCGAUGAAAACACCCUAAACGCGGGCAGGUACAACAUCCUAAUGGGUGCCGUUGCAGGCUUAUAUAUAUGGCUCUGUGUUACACAAGCAAGCCAUCCAACAACUCAUCCGUCCCUUGCCGACAUCUUAGUGGACAACUUUGCCAACCUGAUUGCUGGCACCAGCAGCUCCAUAUUUGCGACGCUGUAUGAUGCGGAAAAUGCUGUCAUCAUUUCAAAGAUCACAGAUACCAUGAAGAUCCUUAGUAUAUUCUUCCUGGAGGCAGCCCUACUGAGCGUCGUUGGCAUAUUAAUACUACGCACAUACUCGCGGGACUUGGACGUCAUUCGACCUUCUCUCCUAAGUUUCCAACAGUAAUUAUUGGAUAUUGGCCUCUAAAUAGCCCAAUAAACAAUGGCACCGUGGGUGUUAAGCCACACCAGGAGAAUCAAUGGCUUGUUAUUAAGAGUCAGGAAGUACCUGUGCAAGAAGUGUGACCUUGAGCCAUAAGCGCCAUCAGGAUUUGAGUUAAAUCGAGACUUAAUAAAGUAGAACAAAUCUAUGAUACUGUUAAUUACCGCCCGUAGCUAACAAGGCUUUAGAAAUUAAGGGUCUAGGUAAUAGA